AUGGCAUCCAACAGCGACAUGGCUAAUGCAAAUGGACGAGAGAAUGGAGAGCCGGUGGUGAAGCGACCGCGAGAGAACGUCACGCCAGAGUCUCCGUUGCGUUCUCAGAAGGAGCCGGCGAACAAAGUGACCGUGGUGCUCGGAGCUCAAUGGGGGGACGAGGGCAAAGGAAAAGUUGUGGACUUGCUCGCAAUGGAUGCGGAUAUCGUAUGCAGGUGUCAGGGGGGCAACAAUGCGGGUCACACUGUGGUUGUGGACUCUGUAGAGUACGACUUCCACCUGCUGCCCAGUGGUGUACUCAACAAGAAGGCUACAUCCUUUAUAGGCAAUGGAGUGGUCAUACACCUCCCAGGGCUAUUUGCAGAGGCGCAAUCUAACUUGAAGAAAGGCAAAGGAUUGCAAGGAUGGGAAGACCGACUAAAGAUUUCUGAUCGUGCUCAUAUUGUGUUCAACUUCCAUCAGGCUGUCGAUGGUAUUCAAGAGCAGCAGCGGCAACAGCAAGAAGGGAAAAACUUGGGAACAACCAAAAAGGGUAUAGGUCCAGCUUACUCCUCCAAAGCUGCUCGGAAUGGCCUGCGAGUCUGUGACCUUGUCUCAGAUUUUAAAGUCUUUGAGGACAAGUUCCGCAUGCUAGCAGAGCAUUUUCUGGCAAUGUAUCCAAACCUCAAUGUGGACAUUGAAGGUGAACUGAAGCAGCUGAAGGGAUAUGCUGAGCGACUGCGCCCUCUGGUGACAGACGGUGUGUACUUCAUGCACAAAGCGCUCACUGGCCCCAGUAAGAAGAUCCUGGUGGAGGGAGCAAACGCUGCACUGCUUGAUAUUGACUUUGGCACAUAUCCCUUUGUGACGUCAUCUAAUUGCACCGUUGGAGGAGUGUGCACCGGGCUUGGCGUGCCCCCAUCUCACGUUGGGAGAGUGUACGGCGUCGUCAAAGCCUACACCACCCGCGUGGGUGUCGGCGCUUUCCCAACAGAACAGGAUAAUGAGACAGGGGCACUUUUACAAACGCGAGGUCACGAGGUCGGCGUGACAACAGGCAGAAAGCGACGCUGCGGCUGGCUAGACUUGAUACUAGUCCGAUACGCUCACAUGGUCAACGGCUUCUCGGCCAUCGCCUUGACCAAACUGGAUAUUUUAGACACGCUGGAAGAGAUCAAAGUGGGAGUGGCUUAUAACGUUGACGGGGAGCCUCUCCCAAGUUUCCCAGCAAACAUGGAUGUUCUGACGCGUGUCACCGUGGAAUACAAGACCUUUCCUGGGUGGUGCCGCAGCACUGAGGCGGCCCGCAGCUUUGCCGAACUACCGUCACAGGCGCAGGACUACAUUCGCUUCAUCGAGGAUUUCCUUCAAGUGCCAGUGAAAUGGGUUGGAGUGGGAAAGUCCAGAGAAAGCAUGAUCAAACUUUACUGA